AUGGGGAAUUGCAAUUCGGUGGUAAGCGUGACAGAAACGCCUGAAGCGCUUCAUUCGAAAGAAUUGGAUAAAUGCAUCCGAGCAGAUGAAAAGCAAUUAUCAAAAGAGGCAAAGCUGUUGCUAUUAGGAGCGGGUGAUAGUGGAAAGUCAACGAUGCUCAAAUCGAUGAGAAUAAUUCAUUCUGUUCAUUUUGCUCCAUUGGAAAUUGAACAUUUUCGAAGGUUAAUCUUUACCAAUUUGAUCGAUGGAAUACGUUCAGUUUUGGAUUUUAUGGAAGAUUCAAAUUUACGUUUUGCAAAUGAAGAAAAUAUUAAAAGUAUACCUUUUAUCGUUGCAAGAAUUGAACUUUCAGGAGAAGAACCUUAUCCGACGGAAUAUCAUCAAAUCUUACAAUUCCUUUGGCAAGAUGGAAAUGUGAAAAAAGCAAUCGAAAUCGGUCAUCAAGCUGCCAUUCCGGAAAAUUUAUCUUACUACUUUAGUCACUUGGACAGAUUGUUUGCUGAAGAUUACGUUCCGACAAAUCAAGAUAUUUUGCAUUGUCGAAAUAAAACGACUGGCAUAAUUGAAACACAGUUUCCAGUACGAGAUCGAAUCUAUCGUAUCUUUGACGUCGGUGGACAAAGGUCAGAACGGAAGAAGUGGAUCCAUUGUUUCGAGAAUGUGACAGCGGUGUUCUUCAUUGUCGCCAUCUCAGGUUACGAUUGUUGCUUAUCCGAAGAUCGUGAAUCGAAUCAAAUGCAAGAAAGUCUGAAUCUAUUCGGCUCAAUUUGCAACUCACCUUGGUUUACAAGAACGUCAAUGAUUUUAUUCUUGAACAAGAUGGACAUUUUCCGGGAACGAAUCGAAAAGAGUCCUAUCAAACCACACUUUCCCGAUUUUCAAGGUCCAGAAGGUGAUUUGGAAAAUGCAAAAAUGUUUUUCAAAAACAAGUUCUUACGUCUCAAUCGAUCUAAAACCAAGGAAAUUUAUGCAAAUUACACAAAUGCUACCGAUACCGAUCUAUUGAAAGUGGUAAUGUCUUCCGUUAACGAUAUCAUCCUUUCCAACAAUAUGAGAGGGGGCGCUUUACUGUGAUAUGCUUCGCUGCCGUUUUCCAUCUAUUAACAAUUGUAUUGCAUCCUAACCUACUUC